GAGCCAUCGAAGCUGUAACACACAUUACAAGUCGCGUUUCACUUCAGAAAACGAAGCGAACCCAAUCGAAUAGAGGGAAAAAGUUAGGGUUAGGGAUUUGCGAUUUGGGGCAUGGCGUCGAAGAAGAUCACGCUCAAGAGUUCCGACGGCGAGGCCUUCGAGGUGGAGGAGGCGGUGGCGCUGGAGUCGCAGACGAUUAAGCACAUGAUCGAGGACGAUUGCGCCGACAGUGGAAUCCCUCUUCCCAAUGUUACCAGCAAGAUUCUCGCCAAGGUCAUCGAGUACUGCAAGAAGCACGUUGAGGCCACCAAUAACGAUGAGAAGCCCACUGAUGACGAGCUUAAGGCCUGGGAUGCUGAUUUUGUUAAGGUCGAUCAGGCCACGCUCUUCGAUCUUAUUUUGGCUGCAAACUACUUGAACAUCAAGAGCCUAUUGGACCUUACUUGCCAGACUGUAGCAGACAUGAUUAAGGGGAAGACACCUGAGGAAAUUCGCAAGACAUUCAACAUCAAGAAUGACUUCACCCCAGAGGAAGAGGAAGAAGUUCGCCGGGAAAACCAAUGGGCGUUUGAAUGAGUUUUCAAAUUCCAAUGUUGUUUAAGUCAUCUAUAGUUGCUAGUUAUGUUACUGACUAUUUUGUUUGUGUUGACUUAUGUUCGCGUAUCAGACUUGUGUUUCUUGUUGAACUUAAGGGGCAAUCGUGAAAUUGUAAGUAAUAGUUGAAUAUGGUGGGCAUGCUUUUGAGUCUGGUAUGAGGGUAAUUCAUUGUCAAAUGCUUGUUCCUAGUAAUUGGUCUCUCUUAUAUUAAUUGAAUAGUCGUGUUUGUUCUUUCGUAA